AUGCUACGAGUUAAGAAGGGCAAAGAGCUACAAGAAUACAAUGUCAAUAAUGUCAAGCACGUUUCACAGAUUGAUCAUUCAAGAUUCAGUCCAGGUCACAUGAAACCGAAAGAUUAUUGUCUGACCAAGCCAUAUAAAAUACCACCACAAGCCAGAGCUUCUACGUCCUCAACGCCCAUAAUAACACAGCUAUACUCCGCCAUUGAUGACCCAGCUGCCCGAAAUUUACAAGAUGAGAUGAUAGGAGAAAGAAAGAUAAAGAGAAGGACGUCUACACCAUGUUUACAAUGA